GAGACUAUAUUUUGUGUGGCAGUAGUUUUUGCUGUGUAUUUUUAUUAAUCAAUUAGAUGCAUAAUAUAUUAUAAUUUAUUAAUUUUGUGAACCAAUGUUACUUAAAUAUAGGAACUAUAAAAAGGAGCAUAAAAUCAAACAAAUAUAAUAUUUUUGUUAUCAUGUCUAAUGAAGAGGUUGAUGAUAUCUGGGAUGAUUUUAUAAAUUUACCUGCAGACCCUCCUGAAAUGCGUCAAAUCUGUUUUUCAUGCGAGCGACCUCAAAAUGUAUGUUGGUGUAAUUAUUUACCUAAAACAAGGCUAAAGCCUAAAUGUCGAAUUAUUCUACUGCAACACCCAGCAGAAGAAAAAAGAAGUCUUCGUACCGCUCCUAUGUUGACAUUGGGAUUGGCAGAAGAAAGUUGUGUUGUUUAUAAAGGAAAAAAAUUCCCUACAAAAAAACAUGUUGGCCUAUGGGAUAUAUUAUCAUCUAAACACUCAGUUUUAUUGUAUCCUUCUAAAAAAGCAAUGGAUAUAGUUGAUUUACCAAAAGAAACAGAACUUCAUAAUUUGAUUAUACUUGAUGGUACUUGGCCACAAGCAAAAGCUAUUUACAAUAAUACACCAUUGCUGCAAUCAAUGAUACAUGUAAAAUUUAUGCACAAAUAUGAAAGUCAUUAUAUUAUCAGGACCCAACCAACGGAUGGAUGUCUUUCUACAUUAGAAACUGCAAUUGAAGCAUUAACAGUAUUAGAAAAAGAUGAAUCAUACAAAAAUAUAUUGCUGAAACCUUUAAAUGCUCUAUGUAAUUUUCAACUACAGCAUGGUGCUGUAACACAUCAAAGCAAAGAAUUUAAAAAACGAAAUCGAACUUAUCCUAAACUAAUUGGAAGACGACUUCGACAGUAUUUAGAUAAUGGUGAUGAUUAUUAAUGCAAUUACUUUAUGAUAAAUAAUAAUUAUCAUGGUUAUAUUUAUAUUAUAUUAACUUUUAAUACCUAAUUAUCAUCUAUGUGAUGAGGACAAUUGUAAGUAGGUGCUUUCUUCAAAUAGUUUUAUAAUUUUUUUUGUUACUAAUUAUCCAUCUUAAGUAUACUGAAAAAUACAUUUUUAAAUCUCAAUUUUUAAACAUGAUAAAUAAUACCCACAUAAAAAUAUUUUGGUAUAGUAAGUUGUAUAUUAAUUAUAUCUAGUUAGUUAUAAUUCCUAGAUAAUUGUUUCUUAAUCAUUAAAAAUAAUUCAAGUAUACUAUGUAAGCACAUUUAUUUUGGUAAAAUGUAUUGUUUAAGAAAUAUUGACCAUCAAAUGACAAUAUAGGAUGCUCAUAUUAAU